UGAAAGAUAUUUGCGUGUCUCACUUUAAGUUUAGGUAUAAAACAAAAGAUAGAAGAUAUUUGUCUUUUUCUCUCUCUCAUUCUAAUGGAAAACUAGUUUCUCUUUCUCUACGGAAAUCAAUUGCAUAUAAAUUUUCCACAAUUUUGCAUAUGUAGAGAGCAAAUGCUCGUAUUUUUUUAUAAUUCCAGAAAUAUCGAAUUAAGUGUUUUAGAAUAUUUUGCAAAAUAACGAAAAAUUAAAUUUUUCAUUAAACUAUGACUUCAACUAAUGCAUUUGAUAAAAUCGACGACGAACUCAGUUAUCAUACAAAUUUGAAAUUCAAUAAUUAUGUAUUGAAAUGGAGAAUUGAAAAUUUUGAUCUUAUUUGUCAAUCUGUUGAAACAAUAGAGUCGCCAAAAUUUCCAUCAAAACAUUUAGAAAAUGUUCAAUGGUUUCUUAAAAUAAAACCAACAGAAAUAGAAGAUGGAAAUAAAAAGGAAUUUGUUAUUGUAACACACAAUACCGAUGGGCGUAAUAGAUUCAUAAGUAUGAAGAUUUCAUUUUGCGAUUCAUCAGAAAAAAUAUUUCAAAACUUUAUUACCGGUGGUAAUAUAAAACGAGAUCAUAAUUUAACGUGGUCUAAGAGUGGAUCUGAUUUAUUUAAAACAUUUAAUAAUUCUGUACCAAAAGUUAUAUUGGUUAUUUGUAAAUUAAGUGUUUUUAAAUCAGCAACAUCGAUAAUUGAAAAACAAUUAAUUGAUUCAUCAAAAUUUCAUAAUUUAUCGGAAAAUAUUGAAAAUUUAUAUGAAAAUAAAGAUUUUAUUGAUGUUAUUUUUAAAAUUGGAAGACAUAAAUUUACUGCACAUAAAGCAAUUCUUGCACUUCGUAGUUCAAUAUUUGCUGGAAUGUUUAAAAAUAAAAAAAAUGAGGAAUUAACGUCAAUUAUUAAAAUUAUUGAUGUAACGCCAGGAAUUUUUGAGAAAUUACUUCGUUUUAUUUAUACCGAUAGAGUGGAAAAUUUAAAGGAAAAUUCAUUUGAAUUAUUUACUGCCGCUAAUAAAUAUAAAUUAGAAAAAUUAAAAACAAUGUGCAUUAAUUGUUUAAAUAAAAAUAUAAAUUCAGAAACUAUUUUAUCAACUUUAAAAUUUGCUGAUUUGAAUUCUAUUUCAAAAUUGAAGAACAAAUGUUUAGAACGUUUGAAUAAUGAUUUAAAAUUUGUCAAGGACACAAAAGAAUUUUUAGAAUUAGUGCAAAAAUUACCUGAUUUAAAUGAUGAAAUCAAAAAAAAUUUAAGGGCAAUUAAUUCUGGAGAAAAGAAAAACGAUGAUGAAUCCAAUGAUAAGUUAAAUUUAACAUUUCGUGUAUGAGAAAUUUGAAAAAUUUCACACGAAUCAAGUAAUCAUAAGAUUAAAAUUAUUUUCUAUUUAUUAUUUUGUGUUUCUUUUUUUUUCGUUUCUUUUUAUUUUGUACAUGAUACAUAUAUGUGAAUUUUUUCAAUUACUUUUCAAUAUAUUAAUAUAAUAUUUCUUGUUUCUUAUGUAAGUUAUCGAUAAUAAUUGAUAUUAAUAAAGAUUGUUAAAAAAUUA